AGCUCCCGCGCCCGGAACUUUGCGAGCUAGGCUUGUGAACGUCGCAGGGGGGCACCCGCGAGAGACGGACAGGAAGAGGGCCAGGGGGGACGCCAGAACCCGGGACCACGGCACGGAAACGGCCCGGGGCUUAAACUGCAAUCAGAUCCGGGGAUGGAGGGAGCCGGAGAAGAGGAGUGAGGAGGCCGGAAAGGCAGGCCUCGUGCCUUCUGGAAGGCCGGCAGCCUUCUGGGACAAGGGAGGAUUAGGCUACCCGGCCAGGGGGGAGGGGUCACGAAGUCAGGCCUUCACAGGCCCAGGAAGGGAAGCCCAGUGGCCCUGGAGUCCAGGGCUCAGGCCUAGCUCAGGUUGUCCCAAAGUGGGGGUGGUGCAGGGGGGAGCCCUAGCUCAGGCCUCCUGGUGGGAAACUGAGUCAGAGUGACUUGAGGGCGUGGCCUACAGGCCUAGGAGCAGAGUUGGGGGGGGGGGGGUCAGGGGGCAAGGGCCCUCGGGGUCUGAGACACCAAGUGUGGUAGGGGUCUUCAGGACCUCCCAGGCCAGAGUGGGAUUGGCGUGUCCGACGCUUGUAGAUCCCGUGCUGGAUUGGGGAAGGGUCUCUGAGACCUUGACUCACUAGGCGAGGAUUGGGGGGCUCGCAGUGCUUAGAGAUCUGAGCCAGGCCUGGGGUAGGGGGAGUCAGACAAUUGGGCAGCCCGGCUAGUUAUUUGGGGAGGGGUCCCGGCGCCGGCGGUGCCCGUCGGGGCGCAGGCCUGAGGCCUGCUGGUCCAGAGGCCUCUGUGCAGGGUGGGCCGACCAGGCCAGGCCUCGAGAAAGUGACUCAAUCAGGACUGUCGGGGGGGUGGGGGUGGGGGGCGGGGCUGGGGGUUCUGGGGGUGGGGGCCCUGAAAAGAGGGGGGUCCCAAAAGGGUGAGAGACAUGGCCACCCGGCGUUUAACCGACGCUUUCUUGUUGUUGCGGAAUAAUUCCAUCCAAAACCGGCAGCUGUUAGCCGAGCAAGUGAGUAGUCACACCACCUCCAGCCCUCUGCAUUCACGUAGCAUUGCUGCGGAGCUGGAUGAGCUUGCUGAUGACCGUAUGGCUCUGGUGUCAGGCAUUAGCUUAGAUCCAGAAGCAGCAAUUGGUGUGACAAAACGGUCACCUCCUAAAUGGGUGGAUGGAGUGGAUGAAAUACAGUAUGAUGUUGGCCGGAUCAAACAGAAGAUGAAGGAGUUAGCUAGUCUUCAUGACCAGCAUUUAAACAGACCCACCCUGGAUGACAGCAGUGAACAAGAACACGCCAUUGAAAUAACUACCCAAGAGAUCACUCAGCUUUUCCACAGAUGCCAGCGUGCAGUUCAAGCUUUGCCCAACCGAGCCCGCAGGGUAUGCUCUGAGCAAGAGGAGCGACUACUUCGAAAUGUGGUGGCCUCCCUGGCACAAUCUCUGCAAGAGCUAUCUAUCAGCUUCCGCCACGCACAGUCAGGCUACCUCAAACGCAUGAAGAAUCGAGAGGAAAGAUCUCAGCAUUUUUUUGAUACAUCGGUACCACUAAUGGAUGAUGGGGAUGAUAAUACUCUUUAUGAUCGGGGCUUUACAGACGACCAGUUAGUACUGGUGGAGCAGAAUACACUGAUGGUGGAAGAAAGGGAGCGAGAGAUUCACCAAAUCAUACAGUCCAUUUCUGAUUUAAAUGAAAUAUUUAGAGACUUAGGAGCAAUGAUUAUAGAACAGGGCACAGUCCUUGAUAGAAUUGAUUAUAAUGUUGAACAGUCCUGUAUCAAAACUGAAGAUGGCUUGAAACAGCUUCAGAAGGCAGAACAGUAUCAAAAGAAGAAUCGGAAGAUGCUUGUGAUUUUAAUACUAUUUGUCAUCAUCAUUGUUCUCAUUGUUGUCCUCGUCAGCGUGAAGUCUCGAUAAGUUGCAUUUGGCGUGUGUGCACCGCAUGUGUGGAUUCCCAGAUGAGGGGCUCAGUGAGCCCCUAGGCUGCUGGCAGAAGUGCAGCCCCGAGAUCAGCAUUGGGGCAGUGAGCAUUUCCAUGGACUCCAGUCGUGCUCAAGCAAGGGGAAUAGGGUUCUGUUUUUCUUUGCUAUCAAGAAUUUAAGGACUUUUGAUAAUUGCUACAGAAUAGAUUGAGUUCUGUCAUUCUGUUAGAAUAUUUUUUUUUUCCAGAAAAAAUUGAGCGUUUACAUGCACUCCACAAACUGUCCAAUAUUUUAUGUAUAUGUGCUAAUUUUAAGUCAUAUUUGAGUAGCAUGUUAAAAUGAUUUUUGGAGAAAGUUUCUUUAAACCACUGGUUUUUAUGAAAUUUGGUACCAAAGUUUAUGAGUAAAAGCAAAAAUGCCUCUUCAUCAUUCUCUAUAUUUUCCAGUAGAAAACAAACUGAGAAGUCCUCUAAGAAUUUAUAAUCCAUUCCCCAUUAACUUAAUUUAGCUUUUCCAUCACUGUUAAUGAUCAGAGUAACAAAGUGUGAAAAAUAAGAAACCAUCAUUGAUGUUAAUUAACACAUUUAGAUGGGCCAGUUAAAACAGCUUCAUAAGUUUAAAUUAAUUGUAAAUGGAGUACUGCUCAUCUAUAAUUUUUGCAAUGCACUUUUAACUGUAAACCAAAAAGGGUUACCAAACAAAACCGCCUAAAUGUAAAAGUUGGUGAUUUGAACUAACCUCACAUUGUUAAAAGGAAGCUUGACAGUGUCCUGAAAGUUAGCAGAAUCUGCCAGUGUGUCCCUCUGCUCGUCCUCAGCCAUUCUUUCCUCAAUCCAUUGUAUGUAUUAACUGCAUAAUGACCUGUUCAAGCCAGAAACCAUUUAAUGAGCUGUGAAUUUACACAGAGGCCAUUCUAAAUGGGUCACCCUGUUUAGGAUUAGUUGGUCUCGAAUUAUUAACCAAACAUCACGCAAUUUCAAAGUAAAAUAUUUCACCAUGGUUUGAUUUAUUGGCUCUUGCAUCGCCACUAACAUGCUCAGAAAGUUGACGUAUUCCUGUAGAUUAUGAGAAUCUGGAUGAGAAAAACCCCAUGUGAGCAUGAAGCAAGUCUCCAAAGACUUUAUUAUUUAUGUACCUGUUUACAAUAUGGUGCUUGAAUACAUCCCUAGAACUGUAGAAUCAUUUGGAUUCUGACUGAAUUUGUUGGAAAGCUAACGUUCAUUUGGUUGUGAAACACCAGUAUAGUUUUAAUAGUCUGUAUAACUUAUGAUAGCUUUUCUGUUGUUUUCUCCUUAAAAUUUCAAGAAGAACAUGGCCUAACUAAAGUGCCGUAUUUUAUUUGUACCAGUCUAGAACUGAUUUACAGAUUAUUUUUCAUAAAUUUAAAUUCAAUUCCAGAGACUCAAGUUGUCCAAGCAAAUCAUGAGCUUAGCACCCAAGCGUUUGCCUCCACCUUCCCUGCCCAAGUUAUUUCUGAAGCCAGGCAGCCGCUGGCUUUCUUCUUACCACUGUGGGUUUUAAAUGAUCUAAAAGUAGUCCCUGGAAUUUCAGGCAUUCCUUGACAAAUAAUCUUGUAUUAGGAAAGAAGAUCGGGGAUAAGAAUUGAGUGUUUUGAUCACCCUUUGUUAAGCAGGGCUUCUAUAGGUCUGGAAAGGUGUUAGAGGUGUCCUUUAGUCUUUGCACAUUUUAACCCAGUGGUAAGUCGAGAUGUUCCGUUAGCCGAACUGUUCUUAAUUGUUCAGACCAGGGAACUUAGCUCCCAGUGGUCUGUCUACAGUGGCAAUCAAUACUGAAUUAGUAUGAAAGUUUUUAAACCCUUAAGGGAAAGUGACCCUUUGAGAAAGGAUCACCAUUUAUUCAUACUUAUUGUGAGUAAGGGUUGAUUUUUGUCAUCCCUAUAGGCCCAUGAGGGUGCAGUAAUGGGGGCCUGGUUAGAAAUGGUUUAGGAGCCUUGUGGAGAAUGGUCAGCCAUCUGGUUUUGACUAAAAGCAGUGCAGUACCAGCUGCAGCCUGGAGCUCAUGUGUAAGCUAGUGAUAUCUGUAAAACACUGUAUUUUUAUCUUGAACCUUCACUUGAGGAGAGAUCAGCAGCACUAGGGGGAGUGGGAGAAAAAUCAGUAAUAGUGUCCUGGAACAUCAGGGUAGUUCAUUCCCUGUGGAGGAGGCAUUUCCUUGCAGCCCUUGACUGCGGGAAGCCAGCAGUAACCUCUGCCCAGUAGUCCUCCUUCUCCUGUUGCCUAAGAUGUACUUCAAGAAGGUCGAUGAUAUGGUAGACUGGGGCCUCUGCACUUGGUCUCAGGUCACCUGUCCCCUUCAAUAUCUCCUGGAAUGGGUGGAUCCCUUAACUGGGACUGAAAAGAGAAAUGUAAAUAUUUAUUGCUGCACCUCCAGAGCUCCUGAUCUUUCCCGAGAUUAUAACUGAAAAGUCUCCUUUUAUUAAUUUAAGGGUGGGGGAAUGCUGGUUUCGCCAUGAGUGUGAAGCAGUAUGUAUAUCUCUAACGGAUUUAACACUUUCUCUGCUAAUUGAGAGAGCAUUAUUUAUUUGUUUUGACACAAGUGCUUUCAGUGUUUUAUUGUAGCUAAUGGCUUCUUAAAGGUAAUAAAACCCUUCUAACCUAAUUGGUCAGAUAAGACUUGUUUCUCCUGUGCUUAAAUAAAGCAAUUAGUGAAGCACUUC